AAUAUAACAUGGGGGAGAGGGGGUGUAGGUCUCUCAUGCAAAUUGGAUACUGAAAAGCCAUGAUCACUCUAUCUCUUUCUCUCGUUUUCUGGCUUCCGUGUCUUUAAAGCAAAUAACCAACAACGACUGAAUCCGGAUUCUAUCGGAGCCGCCUGUCAAUUUCAACGGCUGAUACGUAGGAGGACGAUCCGACCCGAAUCAUGGCAGCGUACAGAGCGGACGACGACUACGACUACCUCUUCAAAGUGGUGCUGAUUGGAGACUCGGGAGUGGGCAAAUCCAAUCUGUUGUCGAGGUUCGCUCGCAACCAGUUUAGCCUCGAGUCCAAGUCCACAAUCGGAGUCGAAUUUGCCACCCGCAGUAUCAGCGUCGACGAUAAGAUUGUCAAGGCCCAGAUUUGGGAUACCGCUGGCCAAGAAAGAUAUCGUGCAAUUACAAGUGCAUACUACCGUGGAGCUGUUGGUGCUUUGCUUGUUUAUGAUGUCAGCCGGCAUGUCACUUUUGAGAAUGUUGACAGAUGGUUGAAGGAGCUACGUGGUCAUACAGAUGCCAAUAUUGUGAUAAUGCUUGUAGGUAACAAGGCAGACCUGCGACAUUUGCGUGCUGUUUCUUCUGAGGAUGCUAAAGCCUUUGCUGAGAAAGAGAAUGCCUUCUUCAUGGAGACUUCAGCCCUUGAAUCUCUGAAUGUUGAGAAUGCGUUCACUCAAGUCUUAACUCAAGUUUAUCAUGUGGUCAGCCGGAAAGUGCUUGAUAUCGGAGAUGACCCUGCAGCCUUGCCCAAGGGGCAAACCAUAAAUGUUGGAGGCAAGGAUGAUGUUUCAGCUGUCAAGAAAGUUGGUUGCUGCUCUGCCUAACCAUGACACUGAAAGAUCAAGAUCAAGGUUAAAUACAUUAUCUAUUCAUUUUCUGCUGCCAUAUCUCACAGAUUCCACCAGGAAACUCAUAGAUUUCCUUCUAAACCUUUUUUGCUUUUCAGUGGUUGGUCUUAGGGUUUGGCGUCUAAGGAAUGUCAUGACUCCUUAUGUCAAUUUCUUAAUUAUUUGCUCCUAUUUUUUAGUCCCCACUCUACAUAUUUUUUUCUUCAUUUUUGCAAUUAGUUUUUGUUCUACUUUGGUUUUGUAGAUUAGGAAGAGUUUUGGAAUUUUUAAUUGUGUAUCUGAGAUUAUUGAUUAGUUUGAUGUGGAUCAUAAAAAUGAUUAGUUGACGAAGACUAGUUCUCUCUAGGCAAAAUCUCAGUCCUUUGACCCAUCCGGAUUUGUUAAAUGAUGGAUUGGUUCCAUGUUAGUCAGGAGGAAUAACCAAUCGAAUCAAACUCAAUUUCUAAUUAGAUAACUAAUAUUUCUUCUUAUGAA